AUGUCUUCUCCACCGACUGUGAUGAGAGCAUGGCAAUACUCCAGCGCCAAAGGUGGCAUCGAGAAGAGCCUCCACCUAAAUACGUCUGCUCCCGUACCCCGUCCCUCCCCCAAUCAGCAUCUCGUACAGAUUCUAGCUACGGCACUAAAUCCAGUUGACUACAAGCCUGCUGAGAUCCGGCUUCUGAGUCACUUUGUCAUCUCAAAACCAGCAACGCCCGGCAUUGAUUUCGCAGGCUACAUGGUCACCCCUGCAGCCGGGUCAGCCCUGAAAUCUGGCCAACUUGUCUUCGGCGCGUCGGGCACAUCCCACUUCGCUGGAGGGGGCCUGGCAGAAUACGCCGUCGCGAAAGCGGACCAAGUCGUGGGCAUCCCAGAGGGAUUGGACCACAUAUCAGCGGCUGCAAUUUGCGUGGCAGGGCUGACCGCGCACCAAUCGAUCCUCCCCUACGUCAAGGCCGGCGAUAGGAUCUUCAUCAACGGCGGCUCGGGGGGCACGGGUGUCUUCGGCAUCCAAAUCGCCAAAGCCGCAGGGUGCAACGUCACGACGACGUGUUCGAGCGCCAACAUCGACCUCUGCAAAGGUCUGGGUGCGGACUCCGUCAUCGACUACCGGAGCCAGAACGUACUCGAGGCCCUGAAAGCCAGCGGGCACAAGUUUGACCACGUCGUCGACAACGUCGGCUCGAAUUUCGAGCUGUACUGGAAAUGCCAUGAGUAUACGCGACCGGGUGCUCUGUUCAUGAUCGUUGGCGCACCGCUCACACGCGCUUUCGUUGUGGACGCCAUCCUGCGGAAAGUGUGGCCCGCUUUUCUAGGUGGCGGGAAGCGACAGGCAGUCAGCUUUUUCCCCAAGGUGAAGCCAGAAGAUCUGGAACGGAUCGCAGACUGGAUGAAGGAGGGCAAGGUGAGGCCCGUGAUUGAUGAGAAGUUCCCUUUUGAGCAGGCUCCCAAGGCGUUUGAGAAGCUCAAGACCGGUCGUGCGAAGGGGAAGAUCGUGGUCGAGGUGUCUUCUCCGGGCUCUAAAUAA